CCGAGCUGCAGCCGCGGAGCCGGACGUGUCCGCGAAGAUGGCGGGUCGGAGUAUGCAAGCUGCGAGAUGUCCUACAGAUGAAUUAUCUUUAACCAACUGUGCAGUUGUGAAUGAAAAAGAUUUCCAGUCUGGCCAGCAUGUGAUUGUGAGGACCUCUCCCAACCACAGGUACACAUUUACACUGAGGACCCAUCCAUCAGUGGUUCCAGGGAGCAUCGCAUUCAGCUUACCUCAGCGAAAAUGGGCUGGACUUUCUAUUGGGCAAGAAAUAGAAGUGUCCUUAUAUACGUUUGACAAGACCAAACAAUGUGUUGGCACAAUGACCAUCGAGAUUGAUUUCCUGCAGAAAAAAAGCAUCGACUCCAAUCCUUAUGAUACCGACAAGAUGGCAGGAGAAUUUAUUCAACAGUUCAACAACCAGGCAUUCUCAGUGGGACAACAGCUUGUAUUUAGCUUCAAUGAAAAGCUUUUUAGCUUAGUAGUAAAGGAUAUUGAAGCCAUGGAUCCCAGCAUCCUGAAGGGAGAGCAGGGGACAGGUAAAAGACAAAAGAUUGAACUAGGACUGGUUCUUGGAAAUAGUCAAGUUGCAUUUGAAAAAGCAGAAAAUUCAUCACUCAAUCUUAUUGGCAAAGCUAAAACUAAGGAAAAUCGCCAGUCUAUCAUCAAUCCUGACUGGAACUUUGAAAAAAUGGGAAUAGGAGGUCUGGACAAGGAAUUUUCAGAUAUUUUUCGACGAGCAUUUGCUUCCCGAGUGUUUCCUCCAGAGAUUGUGGAACAGAUGGGUUGCAAACAUGUUAAAGGCAUCCUGUUAUAUGGGCCCCCAGGUUGUGGUAAGACUCUCUUGGCUCGACAGAUUGGCAAGAUGUUGAAUGCAAGAGAGCCCAAAGUGGUCAAUGGGCCAGAAAUUCUUAACAAAUACGUGGGAGAAUCAGAAGCUAACAUUCGUAAACUCUUUGCUGAUGCUGAAGAGGAGCAAAGGAGGCUUGGUGCUAACAGUGGUUUGCACAUCAUCAUCUUUGAUGAAAUUGAUGCCAUCUGCAAGCAGAGAGGGAGCAUGGCUGGUAGCACAGGAGUCCAUGACACUGUCGUCAACCAGUUGCUAUCCAAAAUUGACGGGGUAGAACAGCUGAACAACAUCUUAGUCAUUGGAAUGACCAACAGACCAGAUCUGAUAGAUGACGCUCUCCUUCGACCUGGAAGACUGGAAGUUAAAAUGGAAAUAGGCUUACCAGAUGAAAAAGGUCGACUACAAAUCCUUCACAUCCACACAGCAAGGAUGAGAGGGCAUCAGUUACUCUCUGCAGACGUAGAUAUUAAAGAACUGGCCACAGAGACCAAGAAUUUCAGCGGUGCUGAAUUGGAGGGUCUGGUGCGAGCGGCACAAUCCACUGCUAUGAACAGACACAUAAAGGCCAGUACUAAAGUUGAAGUGGACAUGGAAAAAGCAGAGAGCCUGCAGGUGACAAGGGGAGAUUUCCUUGCUUCUUUGGAGAAUGAUAUCAAACCAGCAUUUGGCACAAACCAAGAGGAUUAUGCAAGUUACAUUAUGAAUGGUAUUAUCAAAUGGGGUGAUCCAGUUACUCGAGUUCUAGAAGAUGGAGAGCUGCUGGUCCAGCAGACGAAAAACAGUGACCGCACACCAUUGGUUAGCGUCCUGUUGGAAGGCCCUCCUCACAGUGGGAAGACUGCCUUAGCUGCAAAGAUUGCAGAGGAAUCCAACUUCCCCUUCAUCAAGAUCUGUUCUCCUGAUAAGAUGAUUGGCUUUUCUGAGACAGCCAAGUGUCAGUCCAUGAAGAAGAUCUUCGAUGAUGCUUACAAAUCCCAACUGAGUUGUGUAGUUGUGGAUGAUAUUGAGAGACUGCUUGAUUAUGUCCCUAUUGGCCCUCGAUUUUCUAAUCUGGUAUUACAGGCUCUUCUUGUGUUACUGAAAAAGGCUCCUCCUCAGGGCCGCAAGCUUCUUAUUAUUGGGACCACUAGCCGCAAAGAUGUCCUUCAGGAGAUGGAAAUGCUUACCGCUUUCAGCACCACCAUCCACGUGCCCAACAUUGCCACAGGAGAGCAGCUGUUGGAAGCUUUGGAGCUUUUGGGCAACUUUAAGGAUAAGGAACGUACCAUAAUUGCACAGCAAGUAAAAGAUAAAAAGGUCUGGAUAGGAAUCAAGAAGCUGCUAAUGUUGAUCGAAAUGUCCCUACAGAUGGAUCCUGAAUACCGUGUGAGAAAAUUCUUGGCUCUCUUAAGAGAAGAAGGAGCGUAAUCGCUCCCUUGACUUUGAAAAUGGACUAUUUGCAAACACAUAGUGACCAAGGUAGAGAUGGCCUGGGAUCGUCACUGGAUUUACUCAAGACCCUAAAUGAAGUGAAUUGUUCCCUGCCUUCAACACGUGCUCACUCUGCAUGAUCAGUGCAAUAAAAGUCCCCUCCUUGUGCUUAUCGAGAUAGUCCACUCCUUUGUGGAAGGUACAGACUUGCUUUAGAAUGCUGUGCUUACCUUUCCCUGCAAGCUAAGAUGAUUCCUUCUUCCUCAGUCUUUAAGUGUGGGAGAUGCACUGUACUUGUGAACACUACUCAUUUUAAGCUCCAUACUCUCCCCUCCACCCAGGAACUCUCAAUAAAUGUAAUGAUGUUGCAGGACAA